UUACACUUCUUUAGUUUUGUGGUAGAAAGUAGAGAAAGCAUGGCUGGAGUGCUGGGGGUGAUUUUUACCUGUAUUUUAGUAAAAAGUAUUCUGCAGGCCUCAGCUGCAGUGGAUCAUGUUCCUGUUCUCAUUUGGUCAACUCAAAGUUCCCUGUGGGAAGGUCAGCCUUUUGAAUAUGAAGGACACAUUAUUUCGGAACAGGAGCUGCAUAAUUUGCUACAGCCACUCUUUAACCAGAGUUCAAGGAACAUAGUGCUGUUUCUUCAGGAUAAACUCAGCAUGGAUGAUUUCACAUACUAUAGAAGAGAUCAUGAACAAGUGAAGCCAUUUCACAGUGUACAGAUAUCAAUUGAGACUUCAGCUUCAUCCUUGGUUUUACCAGCAGUGACAAUGCAAGGCUCAAGCCACUUGUCUGAGUAUCUGCAGAAACAAACAGAAUGGAACAUCUUCACUGCAGAUAAUUUCCCAAUAGAAGACCUGGAUAUAGAUCCAUCCAAACCUAAUUUGUUCCUGGUUAACUUACCAGUACUAAGCAGUACCAGUGAUGAGUCGAGAGCACAUGUCCUGGCUAACAAUGAUCUUAUAAUGGGAAAGUUCACAACAAAUCUGAAAAAUCGUGGAAUUCCGUUUACAGCCAUUUAUACUGCAUUCAGUCCUUCCAAGGGGUUCAAAAGUACUGACGUGACUUCUCACACUGGACGUCAGUUAUUGGCUGUGGACAUCCCUGCUCCUGCCCGAUAUUCUCCUCUAACAGUGACUAAUGGCACUUAUACUUGCAUCAUCAUGUUUGCUACAAAAGUAGCCUUAACUUUCAAAAAUACCCUUCAUGUUGACCUGACAAACAAAACGUUUGUUUCCCAAACAGUGAAUUCUACUUCUUCUGAGUGCUCCGACACCAUCACUUUGGUAUCUCUAAAAUAUGAUAACCCUGCUGAAGGAAUCAAUGCAUUGGAACUCAGAUUUCUAAUGACCAACAAGUUCUACAAGGGCUCAGCACGCAAGUGGUUUACCAUUGAUUCACUGGAAAUUAUACAAGACCAUUUACAUACUGCAAGGUUUAAUGCAUCCAUCUCUGCACCUGCAGAGUAUUCUUAUCACUGUCAGCUAGUGGGAACAAACAUGAAUUAUGCUUCAAGAUUCAUUCCAGCUAACAAGGAGGCACAAGCCUGGGAAAUCCACAUUUCUGACUUUCAGAUUCAAGGUUUCAACAUAAAGAACAAUAUGUUUUCCUAUGCCAGUGACUGUGCGUCAUUCUUCACUCCUGGGAUCUGGAUGGGCCUGAUGUCAGCCUUUCUGAUGUUAAGCAUUUUGUACUAUGGACUCUUAAUGAUUAUGCAGCUAACCACUAAUGACAGAUUUGAUGAUCCAAAAGGUGCAGGUAUUUUUGUUUCUCAGACUAAUUAACACUUCUCUAUCAUAUUUAAUAAUUAAUGCUAGUUGUUAGUUAGCAUGUAUUUUUGCCCAAUAAAAGGACACAUGUCUGCUCAGAAAGGAAAUUGCUUAAGUGAAGCAAUUCUAAUGUGAUUGCAAUCUAACCUAAUCUGAUUUCUGUAAACUGCUCUCUUAUUCUUUUAAAGUGUUUUCAAUGGUGUAUAAAUAGUGAAAGUAUAAACUAAUUUAUUGGGAUUACCUCUAGGUAUUUAAGAAUAAUCAUUGUUUUUAGGAUAAAUUAUGAAAAUGUGAUUGUGUAGUAAUCAAUUAAUUGUUCAGACAAAAAAAAAAACAGUAUGUGCAAACUGAACAGUUUUGAUAUAUGAAAGGAAGAAUGGUGUACUGUAUCACAUGGCGAGGCAUUUGAAGCAAUUACCAAUUUCAUUUAAUUUCAUUGUAGGAACAUUAUACAGUAUAUGAGUUUACAAUACAUUAGAAUAUAUAAUAUGAACAAUUAAAUGUUUAAUCACAAUUUGAGAAGUGUUUCUCCAAAUAUAUUCAAGUGUGACAUACAGAUGGAUGGAUGAACAGACAGACUGACACCUUCAUACUGUAUACCCCAGAAUCUGAUACUAUUAAUAGCUUUUGCUAAAUGAUGUUAAUCCCAGAUUUCAUGACAAUUGGAUAAGUGGUUCUCCAGAUAUAUGCAAAAAAUGUAAGGGUGACAUAGAGAUGGAUGGGCAGACAGAGAGACACCCCCCAUAUCCCCUUCACAGGGGUUUUCAUCACAACCUGGAUCAUUCACCACAGCGUUGCAGGAGGAACAAUUCAGUGUUACUGGGGUACAUUUUCAGUUUCCCAUGUUUUUCCCCCAUCUUAUAGUAUGUAUCACCUUACUUUCUCUAUAUUUCAAGUUGUUAAAAGCUUUGUACUGAACCAGUUUAACUUAAUCUGUUUAUGUAUUGCCUUUGGACCUUUAGUUACAUGACACAUCCUACCCUGAUUUAAAAAAAUAAAUACAAUAAAAACAAUGUACUGCCUUUA